AUGGGAUGGACAGCAUUAAUGUUUGCUGCCAGUAGAGGACAUGUGGAAGUGUGUCGACUUCUCCUGGAGAACAGAUGUAAAAAAGAUAUCACAUCAGUUGGUGGAUUGACAGCAUUAAUGGAGGCUGCCAUGAGAGGACAUGUGGAAGUGUGUCAACUUCUCCUGGAGAACAGAUGUAAAACAGAUAUCACAUCAAGAGAUGGAGAAACAGCUUUACAUCUGGCUGCUGAGAGGGGAUAUCUACAGAUCACAAUAUGUCUUGUAGAAGAAGGAGGUAUCAGUCCCUUGGUUAAAACACAUGAGGGUAAGACUCCAUAUGAUCUAGCAGCAGCAAUGAUAAAUAGGCAGUAUAAAGAAGUAAUGGAAUACUUAGAGGCUGCAGUACUGAGGACGAAAGAUUCUAUGUUGAACAAACUGCUUGGCAGCGGAAGCUACCAAUCGUUUGACAUGCGCUGCAUGGUAACCGGCCAGUUCGCUACUGGGAAAUCAAGUCUAGUCAAGCUUUUAGUUGGGGAUCAUGUUCCAAAAGGGCGACAAGCCACUGAUGGCAUUUCCCUCGUUGAAGGUCGCUGUGGACUUGAUAUAGAGACAAGAAACUGGAUCAUGAUUAAUCCAGGAACAUAUAAUGCCUUGGAUGUAGUAUACAAUAAGGUUUUAAUGACCUCUGUUGAAAAGGAUGAAAGAAAACAAACAAAAACAUCAGGAAAACAUAAAUCCGAUGCAAAACUUGUUGAACUUCCAAAUAAAGACGAUAUUCAUUCUCAGAAGUCAGAGGCUACCAAGUCAACAUAUUUUCCUGUGAACCUCUCAGGUGAGCCUUCUACACAGCAACAAGCUACCAAGUCGACAUAUCUCCCUGUGAACCUCUCAGGUGAACCCACUACACAGCUACAAGCUACCAAGUCGACAUAUUUACCUGUGAACCUCUCAGAUGAACCUUCUACACAGCUACAAUCUACCAAGUUGACAUCUUUCUCUCUGAACCUCUCGGGUGAACCCUCUCAGCAGCCACAAGCAGCCCAAUCUUUGUCGCAACAUAUUUCCUCUAUGGAGUCUAAAACACAGCAAAUGAAGAAGAAAAUGACAACUAAAAUGACCAAGAAAGAAAUGAGAAAGAAAAUGGAAAAGGUCCUCAAAACUGGUAAAUAUGAAAUGAAAGUUGGCAGGCUCAUCUUCUGGGACUUUGGUGGACAGUAUGUCUAUUAUACAACACACCAGACAUUCAUGACUUUCAGAGCGUUGUUUCUAGUAGUUUUUGAUGGAAGUAAAGGAUUGAAUGAAGACAUACCUGAUGUACUGUGUUUUCCAGGGCAGCACAUGCCACCAACCCCAGCAGUCUUUUUACUGCACUGGGUAAACUCAAUCCUGACCUAUUGUAAGGUGGUGUAUGCUGGCAUCCCUAAGAUAUUGUUUGUUGCCACCCAUAAGGACAAGGUACCAGUGGAGGAUGUUGAAACCAGACGAGCACUAUUGUACAGUGAGGUAGAGGAAUUAUUUAAAGACCACGAGGGAAGAAAUCAUCUUGUCCUUGACAAAAAGAUAUUUGUCAAUGCAACUGAUAAAGAUGAUCAAGAAAUUGAAGCCCUUAAGGAAGCCAUCACUGAGCUUACUUUCGAUCAUCCAUGUUGGGGGGAGGACAUGCCGAAUGCUUGUGUCCCCCUUGAACUGGAGAUUGCUGAAAUGGUAGCUGCAGGAAAGCAAAUCUUGUCAUUGGUAGAGCUUGAAGAAUUGAAUUCAAUCAGCAAGGUGUCCGUUCUGGAUUUAGAACAACUUCAUGAUUUCCUUCACUUCCAACAUUCUCUUGGGAAGCUUAUCUUCUUUGAUACCCUUCAGCUCCGAGAUCAUGUUAUAAUUAACCCGCUUCUCAUGGUGGAGGUUAUGAGAUCCUUUGUGACAGAUGUAGGAUUUUGGCCAAAGAAAAAAGGUUUAGAAGAAACUUUCCGAAGAAUGUCAGAAAGUGGGAUCAUACGCAGAGAAGACCUGUAUCAGAUAUGGAAACAAAAGGACUUCCGGGCAAUUCUACCAUACAAAGAGUUUAUAUUCAACAUCCUCAUUCAUUUAGAUAUUCUGGCAGAGCAACGGAGAUAUGAUACAACUACAGGAAGUCGGUUACCAGUAGAGAACUUCUUUGUUCCCUGUAUGGUCACAGAAAGAAAUAAAACCAGCUUCAUGGACAAAGAAUGUACACCAGAGAAAGCAAUAUGUCUAGCCUUUGUUUUUAAAGGAACUGUAAUACCACCAGCUUUGCCCAAUCGUCUGAUCAGUGCAUGUCUGAGCAUGUGGACUCUGAAGCAGUAUGAAGGGAGAAAGCUCCUCUUUUCAGGAUUUAUUGUAGUCUCAUUUGACAAGGCACAUGAUGUUGUAGUAUGUGUUGAAGGCAACAAGAUUCUUCUUUAUAUAGUCCAUAAAUCUUCGGCUGGACUUAUAGUACCAGAUGUGGCCACAGGAGUUAAGGAAUGUUUGGUUAUAACAAUGGAGAGAAUUUCAGAUUUCUAUCAGUUCACCAUCCAUGAAAAACACAUCCAACAAUUACCUUUCCAGAUUGAAUAUUCAUGUUCUCAGUUAAAAUGCUUCAUCAGUGAAGAGGAAGCUGUGCAAUCUAAUGAAUGGGUUUGUGACGAACAUAGUCAAACACACAGAUCAAGAAACUGGGAGAUUUGGAACCAAGAUAAGGUGAGAUUUUCAUACCAAUGUUUAUUUUCAGGGUUAAGUGAUGAUGCUUUAAACCAAAGACCAAGUGAUAUUGAAUUGUUGCGAUUUUCAAUCAAAUUUGAAUCAAGUCAAAUGUACGAAUUAGUUCAAUAUCUCGAAAUGUCACAGGAAUGGGGUGAUAUCACACUCAAUUAUCCAAAAGAUAUAAAGGUAGCAAAGUUCUUGGUUUUAUCAAAAUGGAAAGAGAUGAAAGAUAACAGCAAUUUCAAAGCCUUGGCAGAAGCUCUGAAGAACAUAGAUAUAUCAACACAUGUCUUGUGUCAAGUAAGAAGAGUCAGACUAGCAGAAACUGACAUUCCUUUGGAAUACCUAGAUUGUAUUCCGACAGAUGAGAUUUUGGAUGCAUUAGCACCACAAAUAGGUCAGGUAUUUUUUCAACUUGGUGCUGAAAUUGGGUUGUCAAUUGCAAACCUAGAAAAUAUACAGAGCAAUAAUUCCCAAGACUUAGCAGCUCAGAAUAAGGAAGUCCUGUUUAAAUGGAGAGAAGACAGAACAGUGAAACCUACAAUACGGAUACUGGUACAGGCUUUAGUAAACGUUGGUAGAGGAUCAUUUUGUUUACAGGAAGUUUUGAAAACUGUAGAUCUUAGUACCCUUAGAAACUCGGAUGAAGUGAGAGAAAAAGGUGCAAUUAUGAAAAAAAGGAAGAACAAGUCAGAACAGAAACCACAUAUUCCUGCUGAAAUAAAAUUGAUGGCUGACAAAAGAUCUGUUCCUUUGUAUCUCAAAUUACUAGAGUCGGGAUAUGAGAAUAAAAGAGACAUACGCUUAGUCAUAGUUGGGCAGAAAGGGGCUGGAAAGACCUCAUUAAUUAAAAGAUUACUGAACGAAGGGAAAACACGUACUGGACUGACCUCGUUUUUAAAAAGAUUCAUUGGUAGAAAUAAUGCAGAAGUAGAUAGCACAAAUGGAAUAGAAAUUCACACUAUAAAAUGCAAUCCAAAUUCCUGUGAUGGCAUAUGGAAUAAAUUAGACGGCAACUUUGAAGAAAAUGCACUUUAUACAAGAUUGUUAAAACCAUACGAAGAAAAACUAGUCAGUGGUGACAAAGCAAAAAUUGAAGCAGCGGGUAACAAGACCAUUUCGGAACCAACUACAACAACAACAGUUUUUAAGCAGUCUGAAAAGCUUAAACCUUCAGUAGACACUGAAUAUAAACAAAAAACAUUAGAAGAAACCCAGGUUAAACAAUCAAAAGGAUCGAAUAAAACUGGUAAAGAAAACACUCUAAUAACACAUUUGAACAGACGAGUUGAUGAAUCAAACGAAUCAGAGACAAUAUCUCAACAACCUGAAAAAAUCAAAUCUCCAGAAGACACUGAAGAUGAUCCGCCUGCAGACACUGAAUCUCAUGCCAAACUUCCUGUUGCCAUUGAAUUUCAAGCUUCAAAUGUAGGAGCCAUUGUAUCUCAAUUACAAACUGAACCCCCUGAAGGGAUUGUUUCUCAAUGUAAACCUCAAGUAACCGAUAGUUAUCAUUAUCAGCAGCAAAACCUAUCAUUAGAAAAAGAAAAAGCAUAUAAGGAUAUCAAAACCAUGAUGGAAAAAUCUAAUUUUGAUUUACAUGACAAAGAUGAGUAUGCCACAUUCUUACUUUGGGAUUUUGCUGGAGAUGAAGAGUUCUACCAUACCCAUCAAACCUUUCUGUCUCCAGAUGCAAUUUAUCUUGUGGUCACAAAACUUGAUGAGGCUGAAAACAAAAAUGCACAAGAUAUGUUUCAAUUGUGGAUGAACUCUAUACAUUGCUACUGUACACUUGAAGAACAGAAACAUAAAGCUGAAAGAAGUAACACAGAAAUGGAGGAAAAUACUGAGCCAGGAAACACUAAUAUUCUUGGACCACCAGUGAUUCUUAUUGGUUCACAUAAAGACAAAGUUCAAUGUUCAAAGGAAGGAAAGAUUGAGAAUGCAUGUAAGGAUCACCUUGAUAGAUUUGUCGACGACAUUUCAGAUGAUGCAUGUAGACAUAUAAGGAAAGAAUACUUCAUUUCAAAUACUGAGGAUGAUGAUCAACAAAAACAAUGUCGAUUUGGAAUAAAAGCUAUCCAUUAA